AUGUUAAAUCUGCAAAUUUAUAGGGGUUUGUUCAGUCCACAAUUUGAAGAACACUAUGUUUCAAAUGAUGCUCCUGAGUUGGCAAGACAGGUACAUAUAUAUAGAUACGAUUUGCCAUCCAGUAUAGGCAGUAUGUAUUAUAAUGAUUAGGUAUCUAUAUAAAUACCUCCCUAACACAUACUUCUAAUUAAAUUCAUUUGUUAAAGUCUCCAUAAUACAAGCACGAAGGUCUGACUGCACCAUUCAAGCUUAACGUUCCAACACAUAGCUUCUUCAAUAAUCACACAAUCCCCGAGCUCAGACGGCGCGAAGCACCGUGUGAGGGUACUAGAUCUCCCCGGCUAUAUAUUUACACUUGGAGAAACAAAAGCAUUAGCCAAGUCUAAAGUUCAUCAAUGAGCGAGGGUGUGGGUUACUGUGAGUGGUUCGGUGGGUGGUCAUUCUCACUGAUCUAAAAAAUAUGGCAGACUGUCAUGAAUAGUGGACACUGAUUGGUCCAAUUUAAAGUUUGCAUUAUAGCGACUACAUGACAACUGUGAUGACGACAGCAAAAUAGCAAACAUUUCUUGAUCUGAUGAUUGAUAAAUUUCUUGCAAAUAUAUUUCAUUUUUGCUCGCAUUUUUGCAAGAUUUUGUAAAUUUUAAGAGAGAAAGGGCGAAAGAAUCAGCUAAAAGAAGGGAGCCGACGUUAACAAAAGUAAAGUUUGUUUUAAAUAUUGAUUCUAUAAUUGCUGCCUUUGCGUAUAUGAAACAACUAAACAAUUAAGACAGCUAGUAUAUAAUUUCAGUGUAUCGUUCAUAUUGAUUCCUUUUUUUAUUAUAUUGAAUUUUUUAAAUAGAAAACAAAGUAAAGUUAUUCGCAUGCGAGAAUUUGAAAUCAUUUUAUUGCAAACUCAACGUUUAUCGAUAAUCCACUUCAUUAAUUUAAAGGCAGUUUAGUUUUAUAAUGUCACUUUAAAACGUUCUGCGAAGCACUUGUAGCUGAAUUUUACCUUAAAUUGAAGCUUAUAUUACAUAUAAUAUCAUAACGAACAUAUAUAUGUUAGGAAAUCGACAAUUUUGUAAUUAAAAGUGAUAUUUUUAGGCGAUUUUUCAUUUGUAAGAAUACUCUUAAGAAAUUAUCGUGUUACCAUCAACAACUUUAGAUAGUACUUCAUGUUCGGAAAAUACAAUGGUAACUUUUGUCAGCAAGGCGGAGGUUUCUGCAUGCAUGUAUUUUCUAGUUAAAAUGGUUUCAGAUUUUUUAAAUUUUUUAUUUAGAUACCUCAUGAGCAUUGUUUUUAUCAUGGGACGGUCAAAGAAGAGGAAAAUUCAGAUGUUUCAUUGAGUACUUGUGAUGGAAUAGAGUAAGUAUAAUUAUCAUAUGUCAUUUGUUCACGGCUAUGAAUUCAAUUAGAAGCUAGCUUCGGUUAUUCAUUGAUGAACAUGUCUAUAAAACAGUGAAUAAUAUCAUAAACAAGCAUGCAUAAAACAAACAGUACAUAAUGAUAUGGGUGCAAUUAUAUAUUAAGAGUAGACCCAAACAGAUUAAAUUUUAACAUAUAUUAGGACAAUACAUAUUACCUUUAAAACAAAUUUACUAGCUGAUUGCCAGUACAUUUGUGACAUUGACAACAAUGUUCAGGUGCAUUGACGUUAACAUAUCUUCUCAGUAAUUGCUUUUUUUUUAUAAUUUUAGAGGAGUUAUCAGAACAGAUGAUGGUACUUUUUAUAUCCAUCCUUUGAAGUCUCAAGAUGGUCAAGUAUGUUUUCGAUAUAGUCUAAUGUAUUGUACUGUUGUGCAUUGCUUAGUGUGCAGGACUUCUCUUGACAAGUAAAAUUGUCUGGCUUUAGACAUUAUUAUGUAAAAUAUAAUAAAGUAGGGUGCAUUUGGUUGCAAUUUGCAGCUUGAUAAUGUGUUGACAAAGAUAGCUUGGUUACAUUAAUAGCACAUUAGUGACUCUCCCAGUUAGAGACUGAUAUGGUGUUCGACAGACACUUACUCUGACAUGUUUUUAAAAUUAAUAAUCAUUUCAUGAACUACACUGGAUUCCUCAGCGUUUUACUGCUUAACUUUGACUGAAAUUACUCUAAAAAAUUUAGAGUGUAGCUUCUCUGACCUAGCUAUGUCGCUUCUCUUGUAAAAUUAUAUCAUUACGCUAUGUGUCCUAAAGUAGGGUGCAUUUUGUUGCAAUUUGCAGUUUAAUAAUGUUAAUAGCUUGGUUAAUAGCACAUUAGUGACUCUCCCAGUUAGAGAGUGCAUGGUAUUAGACAGACACUUAAUGGGUUAAUAUUUUCAAUUUUUUACUAUUGUUAGAUAUUGGAUGAUCAUGUUAUGUUUAAUGCAGAUGAUGUUAGUGAACAACCAGCAACUUGUGGUAUGUAUAUUUAUGUCAUGAGUUGGUUAGGCAUAGCUAGCUGGGACGUGUCAAAAUGGUAGAGCUGUAUUCCACAAUUUUAAUAGUCCACAUUUGAAUGUUAAUAGCUAAUUGUUUCUGCUCUCGACAUGUAGUAGUGUAUAUAUUUGAAAUUCCAAUUUCUGUAUGUCCUUUUACUUAAUAUUUUUCUAUAUCAUAGGACAUCGCUCUCACAAAAAAUCAUUGGAAAAAGACAUGAAUCAUAGACAUUCAACCAAUUUUAGAAAAAGGGUGGGUAUUACUAUGUAUAGAGCUGGUGAUUUUAUUAACAGUAUUGCUGUAUUGGACUAAAUUAUUGUGCAUUUGAGAUGAUGUAGCUAAAACUAGAUUUAAAGACUUUCUUUUGUUGUAUUGUGAAGUUAGAAUCAGUGAAACUCAUUCUAUAUAUGAUUGUACAUUUCAUUUAUAUAGGUCAGAAGAAAUGUCUUGGGUGAAACAAAAUAUGUUGAACUAUUUAUUAUAAAUGAUAGAAGACAGGUACUGUAUUAUGAAUAAAAUUAUAUAUAGUCACCAUCAAUAUACCUUAAGAUUUUAGAAUUUUCAGUUCAGUUACAAAUAGUGGAACAUUCUAGCUUUUCAGUACAUUUAGUACUGUACCUAUAGUGCAAUUAUUUUUUUAUUCAUUCUCAUUAACUUUGUUCCCAGUGUUUUCAUGUGAUGACAUCUGUAGAUGACAAUGCUUAUGAUGUUUUAAAGCACACAAGGCCAUAAUUCAGUUCUUAUGAGGAAUGUAUUUAUUUUGCUUAAUUAGUAUGAGUCGAAGAGAGAGAAGACUGGAUUACGAGCUAAGCAAAUGGCUAAUCAUCUAGAUUCUGUAAGUUAAAGUUUAAUUAAACAAGUUUGUCUUUGUUUAAGAGAAUCUUAAUAUAUGAAAUGUAUAAUUGUUAUGCUGUUUAACAAGCAUGUUUAACAAGUAAAUAUACUGUACAGUGCUACAGCAACCUUCCAGUGACACACACAUGAUAAAAAGCCGAAAUAAACGUUAUAAACAAACAGAGUAAAACAAGAUGUAAAAAGUAACAGAACGGCAAACAUGGAGAUUCGGUCAUCUCAAAUGAUGGUAAUGUUGGGAUAUAUAGUAGCUUUGCAGAUUGUAGAGGAAAGUGGGCAGUUAAAGACUCCCUCAUGCACCACCACAUGAUAAACCUGCACCCUACUUGCAGAUGAGGCUACAUCUGCCCCUGGAUUUUACUAUAUUGGGCAGCAGAUGGUAUGACCAUCAGAGUUAGAAAAUAAUGUUAAUUCUAGUAUUCAUGGAUAUACAUAAAGUGCGAGCCAGCGAUGGAGCCAUGCCGAUGUUGCGAGGCUGCGAGCCACCACAGAUCGGUGCGAGCCACGUGAUGUAUGCGAGCCAUGUGCAAUAAAUAAAUAUAAGAAAUUGGUCUUGACCAAAUGGUACUGAGUACAUCUUAUCUCCAGCACACAAUGUUUAACUUGCGUGUUAGACUGAUUUUUGAUCUAGGUAAAACUGGUGAAAAUGCAAAGUUUGGUUAGUGCGAUAUGUUGUAGAAUACGGAAGGUGUAGCCUUGCGGGGUUUACAUGCAUGUUUUGCAUAUGUUACAAUAUUGUAUUUGCCGAAAAUGCUAACAAUUUCCGCACGUAAUACAAACAUAUGCAAGGUUUGCAAACUGUGCAGGACUGUGUUUACCAGGGUUUGCAACAUUAAUCAGUUCGCGGCCGAAUUUUGCGAUUUUGCUAAUUUCAUUAAGUUCCUUUUAGCUGUGGUAUUUGAUUCCCUUCUCUUUCCUAGGGUUAAAAUUUGGUCUAACAUGCAAGUUGUCCAUUAGAUCUCAAAACACCUAAAAUUCCUGUAAUUGAAAUUGGGUUCUUGAUUAUAUUUAUAUUUCGUUUCUGAAUUUUGUCUAUUAUUUUACUAAUAUACAGUCUUACAUUUCACUCGUUAACCAUUUUAAAUAAUUUUAAAUACGAUUCGCAUGGUUCUCACCUUGGCUCGCAUGGCUCGCACUCUGGCGCAUGGCUCGCACCCUGGCUCGCUGGCUCACACAAUAUUGAAACUCAGUAUUCAUUAUACUGGAUGUAGGACUCUUGUAUGUAUUAAUUUGUUUGUUCUUAGAAGUAUCAGGGUAAUUCCAUGGUAGUGAAGACAUUUUUGAAAAAAAAAAGUUGUCAAGAAUUUUCAGGAGCUAUUGCAGGAAACAAUCCUGAACUGAAAUAUUAAGAUGUAUAUUUUUGUAACAUGAGUUACUUAACAUGAGUCACAUGUAUUAUGAUGAGUCACAUGUAUUAUGUAGCAAUCCUUACUAUUGUAUAUAUAUAUAUAUAUAUAUAUAUAUAUAUAUAUAUAUAUAUAUAUAUAUAUAUAUAUAUAUAUAUAUAUAUAUAUAUAUAUAUAUAUAUAUAUAUAUAUAUAUAUAUAUAUAUAUAUAUCAGGGCUGCAAAUUACUGUCGGACAUCGGACAAUGUCCGACUAAAUUUGGCAAAUGUCCGAGCAAAAGUAAUUUUGAUCGGACAUUGGUCCGCUCAAAAAAAAUACUGUCACAUUAUACAUUUUUUGCUGUGACAAAAUCACUCAAUUUACAAUCAUUACAAAUUCACUCAAUUUGCAUUUUGCAAUAAAAUUUACGAGGCAUUCUAGCAUUUUACUUAACGUUGCGCCGGAAUGGCUAUAUACUUGUCUCGUGACUUAUAUAUAUCUUGUGACUUAUAUAUGUCCGACCAAAUUCAAGUUAUGUCCGACCAAAAUUAAAAGUGAUCGGACAAAUGUCCUGUCAAGUCAAAUAUUUAUUUGCAGCCCUGUAUAUAUUACUAUCUUACUUGAUAGACAUUGUAUGCAGGGUUCUCCUUCCUAUGCAUGUUCCCGAAGAAAUUCAAAAGUAGUUAGGUUGGUGUUAUAUAUACUAAAACUGUCUGUACCAGUGUUGGUAGUACCAAAGUGAAAAUGCUGUGCUGAGUGGUUAUAUUACUACCUUAAAAAAUAAGCAGAAACUCGAUGUUUCGAGCGAAGGCCCUUUGUCAAGAGUUAUAUUAGACCUCAUGUCACCUUGUCGUAACAUGAGUCACAUACCAAUUUAUGGCUACCAAUCUUAUCAUGUUAUCAUCAAAUGUUUAAUUUUUACUGUGAAUCAGUAGCUUACCAUUAUUUGUACCUGCAUGCAAAAAUAAAAAAAUGUGAUAGAAAAAAAUGUAUUAGUUAUUACACCAGAUCAAAAUUGCUCUGAUAGUUUUGUUCAGAAUGUAACAUGAGUCACCAUGGAAUUACCCAUCAUGCAGAAUUUCUGAAGGUAACCACUAUCUUCUCCCCUGCAACACUCCUCACCUGCAUGUACCAAUCACUAUAAUUGCAGGCAUUGCUAUUCUAACGAGUACAAUUUCAUGUAGGUAGUAGAGAAAUGUGCUUUAAUUUUUGACCAUAUUAGAUUUUUCGAUUCCACAAAAUAAGAAUUGCCUUGGUGAAAGUAGAAACGUGGACGACGAGAGAUCUCUUUACAGUUGACAAAAAUGCUUCGAAAGCUCUCAGGAAUUUUUUGGAAUACAAGAAAAACAAUCUUGACAGACACAAAGGCAAACAUUUCGACAAUGUCCAACUUAUCACGUAUGUACUAUUUACGCUUUUAGUUUUAACACCAUAGUGUUUAUAAAGAUUUGUAUAUAAUAUUUACAUAGAUUGCCAAUAUACCUACAGGUAUAACCUGUAACCUCUUCUGGUUAGGUCUACUGAUAAAUGUAUAAAAUUCACACUCGCAAGUCCAUCUACCAAAAUUCCCCAAAAUCCUAAUGUCUGUAUCUGUUUUGACAGAGGAUUGGAUUUUGAUGGUACUACAGUUGGAUAUGCUCCAAUACAAAGUAUCUGUGGUGCAAGGUCAGCGGCUGUUGUCCAGGUUAGCUUAAAGUAAUACGUCGAAGUUGCAAGGUUCUGGGGGGGGGAGAGCAUGAAAUAUAACAUUCAAAUUGUCCAGAAAAUGUUUGAUCAAAAUAAAAAUUUGAUCGGAAAUGUUCAAAUUUGCUACGACAUUUUUUCGAUUUCUAAUCACAUAGACACUCAAAAUAGUUAAUGCUAAGUCCCUAAAAUGAUAUUUCUUGCAUUUUGAGUCUAAAUGGUUACUGGAUGAAGCAAAUUCUGGAUAUGUCCAGACCUGGAAAUAAUUCCAGCCUUUCUUGGAUCCUAGGCCAGGGGGGGAGUUUUUUUUUGAAAACACUUAUCAAAAUUUUCAGGUUGGGGGGCAUUUUCAAUUUUUCAAUAAAAAAACAAAAACAUAAAAUGUAGUUGGUUUAACAGCACUUAAAUUUUUACUCUUACUGCUGUUAAGCAUUAACUGUGCUUCAUAGCCUUCACUGUUAACUAAAUCUAUUCAAUUAAUCAAUAAAUUGGAUAUUGGAUAAUAGUAAUUAAUUCUAUGUUACUAAUGUUAGCAACUUAGGUCUUAGCAUAUCAGAUUAAAUUGUAACAAAUGCUUAUAUAGGCCCCAAGUUAUAACUUAUAAGCGUUUAUUACUACCUAAUUUGACAUUUGCAAGUUGUGUGAUAAUUAACAAAUAUAAAACAUUUUCCGUGUUGAUAUACAGUUAUAUCAACACGAGUGGAAUUAGGAAAACGAGAAAUUGUAUGGAAACACGACGCCCGAAGGGCGGAGUGUUUUCAUACAAUUUCGAGUUUUCCCAACUUCCACGAGUGUUGAUAUAACUAUAUAUCAAUACGGAAAAAAUGUUUUAUCUUUUUUUUAUAAUAUAGCAAUGUCAAAAGCCCGAAGGAUAAGAAAAAUUUCCGUGUUUACAAGCGGCGGAAAAUUUCCCGUGUUGACAUUGAGUAAUAUCAACACGGCUCUUAGCCAGUCAGCGUUCAGAAUUUACAAAUGCUAUAUUAUAAAGAAAUUUCAAGAAAUAUUUUUAUGUGCGCUUGAGUGAAAAAACUUUUUUGCCGUUCAUUAAUUUCUCAAUAUAUGUUCUUUAUGAAUGUCGGCCUGUAAUUAAAAAAAUACUACCAAAAAUAGAAGAUUGUAACAGCAGCUGAAGAUAUCAAGUGUUUGUUAAUUGCCAAAAAUAACUGAGAGAAUUAACUGUUAUUUUAUGCAGGACUACAAUCACAAGGCUGCAACUACUGCUUCCAUUAUGGCUCAUGAACUUGGACAUAAUUUUGGCAUGCAACAUGAUAAAAGCAGUAAGUGUUGCAUUUUAUAACUCGUUGGUUUCGUGUUGCAUGUUUAACAGAAAUGUAUAUCAAGAAGUCUUGCACAUACAGGUCGUCCAAAGGUCGUAGGUUCGAAUCCCACCGUGGCCGGGCAUAUUUUUCAAGCUCGCCCGGUGUGGAUAUACACUCAGAGUAACACCACAAAUAUCAUAUUCACCUGAGUACACUACACCAACACAGAAAAAAUUCAGAAAUGUAUAUAGUUGUCAGCGGAGUCAGCGGACAUCAUUCCUUUCCGCCCUGUUUUUAGAUUUCUUCCCAAAUUUUUGUAUUUCUUCCGAAGAAAAUUUAUAGUCGUUAAAGCUUGAGUAUAGUCUCGUUUCUCCCCCUACCUCCCCCCCCCUCGCCCCUUUUUUGAGAUACACGUACCUGGGGUUCGGGGGCCGUUUUGUCUUUCCCUAACAUGCCGUGCGCGCGCGCUCAAAGCGCAACUCUCUCCAAAGAGGCCUGAGUACGAAACUGAUGCUACACAAUGCAACAUGCUAUACUCUGCAUGGGGCUUCUCUUGGAUGACCUGAGAUAAUCAUAUUUUGUCAAGCAAGUGUGUGACUUAUGUCUAUUUCCAUUUUCAGAUUGUGAAUGUUUAGAUGGUGAUGGUAAAUGCAUUAUGAAUGCAACCAUAAGGUUUGUCUGGUAGAACAUUGCUGGCUUGCAGUGUAGCGUUCAGUAAAACAUUAAGUUUUGUCCGUUAAACGUAAAUUAGGAAAGUUUUUUUUCAACGUGUUUCUCCUUAGAUGCAAGCAAUGGUAGCUUGGUUUUGUCCGGUGAAUGAACACUGAAAAUGCACCCGAUGGCACUUCGUUUUGUAUGUUUCAUUUCCGGUGAAUGAACAAGGAUGUACACCGAUUACACUUUGUUUUGUACAUUUCAUUUCGGUGAAUACACACCCAAUAUGAAUGAAAACGCGAUACAUUUUGAGAAAAUAGUUAAUGGGAAAAAGUAAAUAAAACUUUAUUUGAUAUAAAAUCAAACGCAAUGCACUUUUUCAUCAGAAAAAAUGAAAAUAUUCCAGUAGACCCAGUUGGGAAUGCCCCUUAGCUACUUCAAUUGGGAAGAGUCUGUCAAACGGCCAGUAUAUAUGGGCUAGCUGACACCCUUUACACAUUGCGGUCAACUUCAAUGUUUACAUUUACUGACCUAGGAAGUAUAUUUCUCUUCCUGGCAGCAAAAUCCAAAAAUAAAGACAUACAACGUCCUGCAUAUGUAGAUUUCACACACGCUUCAAUCUCGGCACAAUUGCCACAAAUAAUUUCGAAUUUAAAAAAAAUAAAUAAAUCAUAUGGCAUUCCAGUACAUAAGAUGACAAAAUUUCUACCGCUCAGGGUACUCCGAUUACCUCUCACAGAGAAUGCUGACUGGGUGGGUUGAAACUGACCCUUCCACCGUAGCUAUGCUCCUUGGUCAGACAUGAGUCAUAAUGUGGCUGCCAGAGGCGCCUUUAGAAAGCCCUUGACUCGAUUAGCUUGAGCUGCGUCCUUCGCAAUAGACAACUUGCAUGUUAGACUAAUUUUUGAUUUAGGCAAAAAAAGUGAAUUCCCGUAAAGAACUUAUUAAAAUCGGUAAAAUUGUAAAAUUUGGUUACGAAAGUUGUGAAAUACAGAAAAUAUAGCCUUGCGAAGUUUGCGUAUUUUCAGUUUGUAUUACGUGCGGAAAUUGUUACCAUUUUUGAGCGGAAAAUGGUAACAAUUUCCGCACGUAAUACAAAUAUACUGAAAAUAUGCAAACUUCGCAAGGCUAUAUUUUCUGUAUUUUACAACAUUUCGCAACCAAAUUUUGCAAUUUUACUAAUUUCAAAUCUUGUAUGACGGAACUUUCUCUAAGCCUCAUUUUAGUAAUUCUGUGUUUGAAUAAUUAGACCAUAUAGGCUUAGUACAAAAAGAUUAUUUUAAUAACUACGUUUCGGAGUAUAACUCCAUCUUCAGAUUAAAAAUAACUAAAGAUAUAAAACUUUGAAAACAAUUACAAAUUAAGACAAAAAAUGAAACAAUUACAAAUGAAACAAUUACAAAUUUAGUUUUUUUUGUCUAAAUUUGUAAUUGUUUUUAAAGUUUUAUAUCUUUAGUUACUUUUAACCUUUAGAAAACUCAAUAAUUCAUGAAGAAAACACAAAAGAAAUCAUGGGCGUGAAGGAGUCUGUGUAUAUGUGAUACAGAUUCAUGAUGAUUUGCAUAAACUUUAACUUUGAUUUUCUCAGCUUAGACAACGUUUAUUUCUAAAAUUACUUCGCCAAUGAACUCGUAAGAUGAGUCGUUUUUAAGCCGUUUACAACAUGCUCGCGUCCGCGUUGUAUCGGAUAUACAAACUCUCGCCUUCGGCUCGAGUUUGUAUAUCCGAUACAACACGGCCGCUCAUGUUAUAAACAGUACGAAGAUGGAGUUACACUCCGAAACGUAGUAAUAAAAAUAAUCAUUUUGUACUAAGCCUAUAUGGUCUAAUUAUUCAAACACAGAAUUUACUAAUUUCAUUAUUUUCUUUUUAACUGUUGCGUUUUAUUCCAUUCUCUUUAGUCUAAAAUGCAAGUUGUCCAUUCAGCUUAGUUCUCAGCUCCGACUAAGAAUGGUUAACAUCCCCCACCCCUCUUCACCCCCACUUACACCCAAACUCCCACUUAUCAAUUUCUUAGCAACAGUAAAGCUCCUAUGAGAUUUUCAACAUGCAGUAUUGGUUACCUGCGAAAUACUUUGGAAAAUGGCUAUGGACAAUGUUUGUUUGAUGAGCCAACAAAGGUAUACUGCAUGAUUGAUGUCUUGAUUUGUUUCACUCCCAUCACACCUCAACAUCUGUACUAAAAUUUCGUCCUGUACUAAAAUUUGUUCGUCAUCGUGUGAACGGAGUCUUUCCAUCCGACAGUGUGCUCCCUACUUGUGUGCAACACUAACCUCAUACAUAUACUGGAUAGCGUCAGCCACUGUUGACUGGUACAGAAAAUGAAGUCGUGCAGCUAGAUAUUGCUGUAUAAUAGGAAUUUAACAGGAAUAUCUCUUUGUUCCUCUUUAAAACGUCUUAUACAUACAUGGGACUUUUAUAUAUAAGGUAUUGCUGCAAGUGAUAAAAUUCCACCAAAAUAUGUUAGAAAUGUCAUCAGUUGUUCCUUAGUUCGAAUGAAUUUAGAUUUCAGUGCGAGUUCACGUUCGAGUUCAAGUUCAAAAAUUAGUAUUUUCGCUAACCUCGUUGUUGCCCAAUUUUUGGCUUCAGGUUUAGUCUGCUUUACUUGUUAUGUACGGAAUGAACCCUGAUUCUUUAUGUUUCAAUAUAGCUAUAUGGUGACGCAAUUUGUAACAAUGGUUUUGUCGAAGAAGGGGAACAAUGUGAUUGUGGGACACAGAAGGUACUGUCAGAUAUUUUAUAUCCACGAGACUGCUUGUACGAAGGUCGGAUGCCGCCAUCCAUCCAACCGCAUGGUAUUCACAUGUAACGGUUGUAACCCACAUGUUUUGUGUUGCCAAUGAGACUCGCUAGAACGUAUUGUAAGAUUCUAAUAUUCAACUGCCUUUCCAAGGUUUGCUGCCUUGCAUAGUUGGCCAUUUGCAUAACUGAUCUAAUGCAGUAUUUUCGUUUCUAUAGGAGUGUGAUCAUUUUGGAAACAAGUGUUGUAAUGCAACAACAUGUAUGUUUCUCCCUGGAGCAGCUUGCAGUCAUGGAGAGUGUUGCGAGAACUGUCAGGUUCGUCAGAAUUAAGCAAAUUUAAGAUCUGAGUCGAUUAUCUUGCAGAAAAAUUUGAAAACGCCGAUGUUUCUUUGACUGUUUACCCCGUUAACCAAUGUUUUCUGGUUUGACCAUUCUCGAGAAUCAGUGUAUCCUCGUUUGUCCACCUUCGGAAAACAUGGCUAGUCCACCUUCAGGAAACAUGGCUAGGAAACAAUAUGUUUCCACAACGGUGUUUCUUACUGUUAUUUGCUUUGGGCCUGAGAUAUCAUACCACAAUGGUCUGACUGAGUGUUUGUUUUCCACAAGUUAAAUUCAUUACAGACGACAAACUUCGUGAUUGCCUGUUCAAGUAAGUACAAGUAGAUUCGCUGAAAAGUCGCCCAUUUAUUGUUAUCAUAUGAAAUUUUGCAGCUCAAGUCCAGAGGAAAAUUAUGUCGGAAAAAGUAUGAUGACUGUGAUCUUCCGGAACACUGCACUGGCAAUCAUGAAAUGGUAAAAAUGUUUUGUUGCCUUGGUAACUGUCACGUGUACAAAAAUUGAUGUUUAUUCUCUACCUGUAGUGUCCUGAAGAUCACCAUGUUUAUAAUGGUAGACCUUGCAAGAAAAAUGACGUGAGUUAAAUUUUGUGAAUGUAGCAUUUCUUAGAAGGGAUGGGGACUAGAGGAAGUGAAGAAAGGGACGAAGAGAUAGAAGGGAUGGACAUAAGGAAGGGAUAGAUAGAAGGAAUGGAUUGAGAGAAGGAAGGGAUGGAAGGAAGGAAGGGAGGGAGAGAGAGAAGGGACGGAGAGAAGGAAGGGACGGAGAGAAGGAAGGGAUAGAAGGAAUGAGAAGAAAAUAAAAUAAGAAAUAGAAUAAGAGAGGGGAGGGAGAGAAAAGGAAUGGAGGAAGGGAAGAAUGAAAUUAACGAAGGGAGGGAGUGAAAGGAAGACGUAUGGGGGGGGGGAGGAAUGAUGGAAUUGAAGUACGGACUGAAAGACCAGAGAAAAAUUAUUUUCACUAUCCUCUCAUUCCAUGUUUUAGGGCUAUUGUUAUAGCGGCAUUUGUCGAAAUAUUGAACUGCAGUGUCAAUACCUCUUUGGAGACGGUAAGUUUUUAAAAACGUCCAUCGCAAACAAUACAAAUCACAAGGCUAUCUACAUGCUGUAGACUAUACUCAUUAUAUUUGUUUCAGAUAUUAAAGCUGGUAAUGACCUGUGUUUCGACAGAAAUGCCGUUACGGGAAACGCUUUUUAUAAUUGUCGCAAUGAUGCACAGGGAACUUUCACUUGUCCCAAAGAGUAAGUGAAUAGACAAGUUCAGAUUUGACUUCCACUACCGUUACCUCUACCAUUAAGGGACCAUCAACCAAUCAGAUACGCUUGAUAUAUCCGAUUAACCAAUCAGAUGCGUACUAAGUCAGUGAGAGGUAGUGGUAGAGGAAGUUAAAUCUGAACAUGUCUAAUAUCGUAGGAAGGAAGGAAGG